AGGAUAGUAGACCAUAGCAGGUGGCGAGAUGCAGGACAGGGCAGAGGUGACCGUGUAUGACAACUUCCAGCUCAAAGACCAGUGGGAGAAGAGAGCCAAGCUGUUAAGUGACAAAGAAAAUCAGGAGAAGGAAAGGAAGGAAAAAAGUGCCAUCAAUGGGCUUUUUAAGCAGUGGCAGUAUCGCAUGGCAGUCAGGACGGGCACGGAUGCUGUGUCCGAAAAGAAAGUAAAGGGAAGUGACAUGUCUGACUUUAGGAAGUAUGUGGUGAAAGCGUCUGGAGAAGAAGUGGAUAUGGCUCUUUUGGAAGCCAAAUUUAAGGUGAAACCUCCUCCAAAGAAGCCUGCCGCCCCCCCUCCAUCCCCACCGCCGAAGAAGAAACCACCCCCACCACCAAGGAAGGAGAGGCCCCCAAAACCAGUGGAAAAGAAGCCAGAGCCACCCAAAAAGCCGGCCCUGAAACCAGUCGAGAAGCCUCCUCAACCAAUCAAAGACAAUCUCUCUCGCUGGGGUGAGUCAUGGAAGAUGCUCAAAUCUCCCCUUCGCCAGCAGAGGAGUGUGGAAUCAAAGCCAGAAUCCGUGGCACCCCGACAAACGAAUGACAAAACAUACAAGUCCCAGGGGUACGACUUUGACAAGCAGUGGGGAUCCGAAGCGGAAUGGAAAGAGUCAUGGAAGCAGUUGAAAAACCAUUCGGAUGAGGUUUCAAUGGAAAACAUGUCCUUCUUUGAGAUAAUAUCACAGGGGAAGUGGUGGAGGACCUACGAGGAGAUUGAAACCUUUUCUCUUCCUGUUUGGGCUGGCACCUGGAAGACGGUCAACUUUAAACUGGGUCAGACUCCUGAGGACUGGGAUCAGAAAUGGCCCCAAUAUAAACGUGAACCGAGCGAUAAACUUCUGAAGGCUCAGUUUAUGGAAGACACCGUCAGCCUACCUGGAUGGGAGGACUGUUGGAAGACCGCAAAGCCUGAUGUCAAACAAGAAACGGAGAAGACAAAAUUACAAAUCCCCAAUGUCUUCUUACCAGGUUGGAAUGAUUCUUGGAAGACCUGCGAUAUGGGUGUCAAACACAAUGAUCAGGCACCACCAAGUAUGAGGGACUGGCGAGACUCCUGGAACUACUGCCAAGAGCACAAGUGGUUCUCGGCAUCCAUGGAUUCCCGCUAUCGUCAUUAUGCCACGAUGAUGGCAAAGCGCAGACUGACCAAUGAGCUACGGGGCGGUCUGCUCGACAAGGAAAUUCCCUCUGAGUGGAUGGAAUCCUGGAAAUCCCCUCAAUGUCAGUCUCAGACAGAAGAAUCAGAUGAAUCGGAAGCCGUUUCUGAGCAGGACAUGUCAGAUGUACCACUGCAUCUCCAGUUCCACAAGAUAAAUACGCCUUUCCCAUCCUGGACUGAGUCAUGGAAGGUUUCUUCCGCACCUACAGCAGGUGACGAUGAACAGCAGUCCUCCACAGAUUGGAAGGACUCCUGGAAAAUAUCCAAUCCUAAUAUGAGCUCCGAUUCACAGAGCCAUGGAGAUGUCGUGUUUUUGUCUAGAGAGCAUAAGACCCACAGAUACAUGGGUGUCGAGCACGCGGAAGACGCAAUGGGCCAGGAUGAGUGGUCAGAGUGCUGGAAAACGACCAAGCCUGAACCACAGCAGGAGCACGAAGAAGAGAACGCGCCUGACAGAAACGACGACCUCUCUAAACAUUCACCCGUGGUGAUAGACAUCCCUCUGUAUGACUGGACAGAGUCAUGGAGGCUCUCUACUCCCUUCAAGCCUUGUAACUCAAAUUCACUGGCCAGGUGGAAAGAAUCAUGGCGGCUCUCUAAUCUGAACCACGCCGAGCAGCUUGACCAAGGCGUUGUGUCUCGCUUUUACAGACAAAAUGGCCCCAAACAUCACCAGCACCUGUGUGAGGUGGAGUUGCCUCAGGCAGAGUGGAGCAACUCCUGGAAGUACCUCAAGUCGGACACUCUGGACCCGAACAUGAGCAGGGAGGACAGCGAGGAGUGGGGCCAGAGCUGGAGAGUUCUCAACCCCCAACUCUACCUGAAGAAGGAGGCCUGGUGUGACCAGGCAACGCCUGAACCCUUCGCUGAUCUACGUCUGCAGUUUACGUUCUUGUCGAGGGAAGACCGAAUGGUGCUGAAGCCUGAGUUUAGUCCGUCAGAGUGGUCCGAGUCCUGGAGGUUCCUGAAGCAAGAAGCAGACACAAGAUCUAAGUGAAAUUGAAGAAUAUUGCAACAAAAGAACAUACAGUGUAGACAACGUCAUAAUUGAUAGUGUGUCUUUAGCUAUAAGUAUUGCUUUGCAAUAGCUGAUUUGGUGCACCUAGGAAAUAAGACUGUGUGAUUUUGAAAUCCCAACAAUAGCAAUAAAAACGUUAUAAAUAAUCAA